AUGAACGCUCCCGCGUGCCGCACCUGCGUAGUGGACCCCGAACGCGACAUCGACGAACACGCAUGGCUUGUCGACGCUGUCCGGACCGCCUGGGUGAAAGCUCGUCCCACGGAAAGUUACCAAGCCAUGGCCACGCGAAUCGCCGCCGAGUUCAACAGCCAUUUCGACCCCAAGAUCUAUAAACUGAAAAAGGCUGGCAAAGGCACUCGUCUGGAGACGGACGCCGAGCGCGAUGGGCGAGUCUUCGACAGGGUUACAAAAAUCUUCAAUUGGAUAACGAACCAUCGUUCGUACUUCGACCAACUCAAGAACGGCAUACCCAGGAUCCUAGAUCUCCCGGAAGUGCAAGCCCAGACGGUCGCCGUACCGCGAGGGAAGAGCAUCAUGGAUCUCUUCAAGCAUGACUACCCCGAGGUAGGCCAGAAGGCACGACAAGCCGCCGGCUCGGACGCGGGAGACCAGCAGACCGAAGUGAACCUAGCAUACUCGGCAGCGCUGGCCGAACUGCAGGCCACGAACCCGGAGAAGGUGUUGGCGUAUGAGCAAGAGUCCAAGCGAUCGAAGGAAGAGGCCAGUGUGGCCCGUGCGCAAGCGAAGGCAGCGCCAACCUCAGUAGACACCGCCUGGGAGGGUGAGGACACCACAUCUAAAGCCGAUAACUUGAAGCGUGUUUUGUAUUCGGCAAAGGUGUCUGUCGACACCUGGGCUAAGACAGCAGACGCACAAUACUUCCUCUACAUUGGCGUUGUGGAGGACGGGCAAUGCGUCAAAUAUCUAAUUGGCAACAAUGCGUCGUCCCCCGACAGUCUCGUAGCUCAAAUGAAAACCAAUCCGCUGCUUGACGAGCUCGACGAGCUCGUCCUCUUGCGCAAGCAGCAGCAACUUGCCAGCGUGGCUGAAGCCCCCGGCGAUCCCCACAUGGUCGAUGAAGAGGACACCGAGCCAGCUUCAUCUGCGGCACCUCCAGCACCCGUUCACGAGCCUUCAGUGGCAGAUGCUGGACAACCAGCUCCCGCGAUGCCACCACUAGUGAGCGGCGCCCCGGCCACACACAGCGGCGAUGUCAACGUCGUUACCGAGGUCUCAGUGGUGGGAGGAAGUCUCGCCGCUCCCGCGAUGCGCCAACCAGUGAGCGACGCCCCGGCCGCAUGCAGUGGCGAUGUCAGCGUCGUUACCGAGGUCUCGGUGGCGGGAGGCAGUCUCGCCGCUCCCGCGAUGCCACCACCAGUGAGCGAUGCCCCGGCCGCGCCCAACGGCGAUGUCAGCGUCGUUACCGAGGUCUCGGUGGCGGGAGGCAGUCUCGCCGCUCCCGCGAUGACACCACCAGUGAGCGAUGCCCCGGCCGCGCCCAACGGCGAUGUCAGCGUCGCCACAGAGGUCCCGGUGGCGGGAGGAAGUCUCGCCGCUCCCGCGAUGCCACCGCCAGGGAGCGAUUCCCCUCCCACACGCAGCGGCAAUGUCAGUGAUGUUCCCGACGUCGCUGUGACGGGAAGCGGACUGGCCGACUCCGUCGACGGACCCCUCGGCGAGGUCAGCGUCGCUGCCGAGGGCUCUGUGGUGGGAGGCGGCCAUGAUGACCCGCCACCCUCCCAGACCGAGGACGAACAUGCCUCGCCUGUUGUUCGCCAGCAGUCGAAGAAAACCAAGAAGGGGACGGUCCCUGCGAAACGUGGUCGGAAGGGUCCUCAGGUUGACGCCGCCACUGCGACGACAGCCUCGGGUCAAACCACAAUGCGGGGGAGGAAGAGGAAGGGCGACGAUUCCACCAGUGAGGCAGCCACCAGCAGCACUAGGCCGAAGCGUGCUAAGAGAAAGGAUUACGCAGCCAUGGAGCGAGGAGAGAAUGAUUUAGAUACAAACAAUGCGUUUGAUCUCCUCCUCAAGAACUUUGUUCGGCAGUUGUCGCUGCCCGAGGUCCACCAACCCGUCUGUCCGCACAACCCAAAAAGGCAAUUACAGUACCGCCAAAAUAAUGCGAACGAUGGACGGUGGUAUGCAUUGUGUACAGUUUCUUCGUGCCCAAAGGCAAAGAGAGUGCAGUAUUUGAGUGACUCGCUCGGUGCUGACGAACAUGCCCUCAUCGCUCGCAUGCGAGAGGUUGUUGACCGGCUGCGUGUUGCGCGCACUGCCCUCAAAAGACUGGGGAAACGACGUACCACCGGAGGAGAUGGGACUGGAGUGCAUGACGAUCAGGUGAAACACCACGCUGACGAGGAACGCCACGCGCAAGCUGAGCGGGCGCGCUUGGACCGUGAAGCUCGCGAGUUGUGUGAGCGACGCGACGCGCCAUCUCAGACGCAAGAUGGGCAAACCGGAGAGGCUCAGCACAAUGACCGCAUUGAAGCUAGGCCACGACACAGUCCCGGUCGACCGCUUCGCAAACCCGCACUGCCGCGAGACAUAAUCGAGUUGUCUGACUCCUCGGCUGAGGAGUCAGAUAACUCUGCCUCUUAUUGGCGGGCUGUGGACGAUCCGUCCUCGCCGUCUGAACGCCCGCGUGCUCAUACUGUCAUUCGCCGCCCCCAGCCAUCAUCGUCGGGGGCUGCAGCACAGACACCCACUCGAAAAUGUCGUGCUAUCAACACGGAGGACGUGAUCGAUCUUACCGGAGAUACGAGCGACGAAGAUGAGGCUCUCAAGCGACCAAGUGGCGGGGCGUCAUCGCAAGCGGCGCCGCCUGCGUCGUCACCCAUCCGCCCUUCAUCUCCAGUGGAGUUUGAUCCCAGUCAAUCCUCGGCCUCGCCUGAAAUCGAUGAUGACAUGCCGGAACCCCACCUGUUCGACUUGAAUGUGCGCGAGGUGUCCUUCACACGCAUUUGCACCGCCUCAGGUCUGGAGCUCAUGGACCCCGUUGCGGUGUGGCUCAGCACCGACCAGAAGUGGCGAUACAUGCAUGUGGAGAACCUCGCCGACGUUCGCUUUCAGCUGCACGGAGGGGAUACCGUUGUGUGGGCGCAAUGGGGGCUCGAGGAGCUGCCUACGCUUGAUUGGAUAACAAACGAUGAUGCCACAGAGUCUCCGGAAUGGCCAGAUGCCACGCGCAUUUGGGAGGCCCGGGAAGCCCGGUACUCUGUUUAA